GUCACAAAGACGAGAUGGACCAGGAUCAUCAGAACUCCAGUAAAAGAAGUCGGACUUUGGAGAAGAGGAGUGGGAAAGGGGCUAAUCUAAACCUCAGAGUGCGUCUGUUACAGGACGCCAAGGUCAAGAAACCCAAACGGGCGGGGCGUUCGGGGAGAUCCUGUGCAGUGAUUGGCUGCUCCAACAACAGCGGCAAACUCCAAGUCUGGAACAAAAGCGAGUGCUCAGAACACAAACCUUUACUGCACGACGAGUGUCUGUGCCUGAGACCGUACGGUUUGCACAGAUUCCCCGGGCGUUCAGAGGAGGCGGCUGUUCACCAGCAGUGGAUCAAGAACAUCAACAGGAAGGACUUUGUCCCCAGUAGACACAGCACGGUGUGUGGAAUUCACUUCAAGGACGGCCAACCAAGGAAAGCACACCCGUACCCGAUCCUGCACAUGGGAUAUGAACAUCCUGGGUUUUCAUCUGGUAGACCACCUCCCAAGAAAAGACGCCUUAAACCCUCGAUAGUGACCACACGUGCUGAACAGGAAGUCACGGAAUCUGAAAUAGCGGUGAAAACGGAGGAUUUGGAAAAUCAGCCUCAGCAGAAGUGUGAAGUUGGCGUCCAGUUGCCGGACGUUAAAGACCACACCUACUGUUCUAACUUAUCAACGACAGACAGAGCAACAUAAACUGAUCCUGGCCUGUCGAUGUCAGCCUCUGACUCUGACGGUAAAGACUUGCUGGUUUUCGUGCAGCCUAUAGGCUUUUCUCCCUCAGCCAAGGAUCACCACGUUGGCAGUCCAUGAUGAACUGUUCUUUGUCCUAAUGAGGCAUCGUCCUGGUUGAUGUUUACAGACUUUGCUAAACAGUUUGGAAUAAGCGGAAGCAAAGCCUAUGAGAUCUUCACUCUCUGGAGACCAGUAUUUGUGAAGUUUCUGAGGGUGAAUGUGAGGCGAGGGAGUGCAGCGCUGUGUGUGUGUUUGACUGUGUGUUUAGGUGGAGCUGACGAAACGCAAUGUGAUUUCACUGACUUGGACACAAGUAUCACGGCGUCUUUGAAUCAAUAUGAAUGUACAAAGACGUGAUGACGGCAGAGCUAAUUCACGUCUGAAAAGAGGCGACUGUUACAGAUUUUUGAUGUA